AUGCUUCGGAAGAAAGAACUCGCGAUUGACAUCCUUCAUAGCCACAGCGAGGUCAUCACGCUGAAUCCCCUCGUCCUUGGACACAAGCCGAUCCCAGCACCGCGCAAUGCCGCUGCAGAUGAAUUUUACUCGACAUGGUAUGAGAUCACCGAGCGCAUCCAGUAUAUUCCAGGCACGGGGAAGAUGGGAUCGGGCAAGAUUAGCUUCAACGGCUGCUUCCACGAUAUGCCCUGGGGUUUACAGACACAUAUCUACGCUCCAAUGAGCAUUGAGCUGCGGAACAAGUAUCGCAUCGCUGGAAACCAGCCUGGAGUGGAGCCUCCAGAGCCUCUCGAGAUCGGCAUGUCGGAGCUCGGCGUACCCUCUGAUGGCCUCUACCUCCGCGAAGAUAUCGAGAUCAGGUGCAACAUUGCUGUCAUGGUCGAGCGCAUCAUUAAGAAAGCAGAGCUGCUCGACGCGGGCGUACUCAAAGCUAUGUUUCAGGAUGGCAAGCUCAAGACCAUCAACCCCAAUGAUAGGUCCAACACCCUCUACCAUCAAAGGACGGGGUCAACCGCCCACUCAGUCACGCAGCAGGCGGCACCAGUGGAGAUGCCCGGGGACUAUUACCAUCCGCAGAUGUCCCCAGGGUUUUCGCACCACCCGAACAGAGAUUCGCAGCAAUCUAGAAUAUCCCGUGCAUCGACACAAGGCGUCAACCCCUUGUGGGGCCACCGGCACGAACCCUCCUAUGACGGCUCUUUUCAACCUCCCCAAGCCGGCUUUACGUCGUCUGGGUUAGACCAUCAAGGCGUCACAGCGGAGCUCUCGUCUCAUAAGGAGGCCGACGAAGGCCAGCCAAGCAAAGGCCAAUACGAAUACAACUACAACCCUCAGGAUUACCGGAACGUAAGGACUUGA